AUGAAAAGCUGGAGGGUAUUCUUGUGUAUACUUCUAUUUGCGUUUCACGAAGUAAACUCUGCGCGGCUACCAUUCCUUCGACCCGUCUAUAUAACAAUAGACAAUGCUGUGCCAGUUGACCCCGAAGCUCAUGUGCCGGCAGAACUAGUGAGAGCUCGUGUCAGAGAGGGGGUGCCCCCACCCCUCUGUGCUGGAAGAUGUGCCUCACCACCGGCUGGACCAGUUUGUGCCUUUGACGCAGCAGGCACAGCGCGAACCUUUGCUACGCUUUGCGAGCUAGAAGCUGUGUCUUGCCGUGAAAGCACUUAUUAUGCCAUCACAGGUUUGGGAGAAUGUUGA